AUGAAUCUCAAGCCGCCUCCUUCCCAACACCAGCGAAACGAUGAUGACGAGUACGACUUCGAACUGACCAUCCGAUUCUCCGCAUCCCUGCCAGACCUCCAUCUCUCGAUUCCGGGCUCUCUGAACGCCAACACCGCAACCCUCAAACAGCUGAUCCGAUCACGGAUUCCAGAUGAGUACGCGACGCGACGGAUCAGGCUGAUCUACGCGGGAAAAGCGCUGGUCGACGAGGUCCCGCUGAACAGCUCGCUGAAGCGAAAUGUCAGUCGUCCGCCUAGUCGCAUCAGCACCCCGGGCCCUUAUGAGGAGUCCAACGGCGGCGCUGGAGGCAGGGAGAACACAACAGCCGCAGGCAAGGGAAAGCUACUGAGCCGUGACCUGCCGUUGUCUCCGUCUCCGCCUCGCAUCUACAUUCACUGCUCCAUCGGCGAUCUCGUGCUGUCCAAAGAGGACGUCGCGGCCGAACGAGCCGCUGCGCAGCAGGUGGGAGGAGACGAGAAGAACGAUGCCACAUCAAGUCAAACACAAUCGCUGCAAGAGCAGCAGCAGCAACAAACAACCACGACGCCAGCGCCGCGAGGCUUCGACCGCCUCCAAAACGCAGGUUUCACACCCUCCGAAAUCCAGUCACUCCGGCUCCAGUUCCUCGCCAUCCAAGCGCACACGCACACGCCCGACACGAUGCCAUCUCCGAACACGCUUCGGAACAUGGAGGAUCGCUGGCUGGACAACUCUACGUCUGAGGGCGGCAUGUUGGGCGAUGGCGCCGGCACGCUGGACGGCUCCACGGACGAAGAGGCGCAGGCCGGCACGCUGGACGAUAUGAUCUGGGGCACGGUCAUGGGAUUUUUCUGGCCGAUCGGCUGUCUGAUGUGGGGGAUCCGUGAAGAGGGGAUCUGGAGCCAGCGCCGGAAAAUGGCUGUCGUUAUUGGGUUCGUUUUGAAUAUUGGGCUUGGGCUCAUUAGAUAUACUGGCUGA